UGGUAGCCGAGCGAGAUACAGUGAGCGGACUAAUGUAGCACACAGUAUCCAGGGAAGAUGGAAAUUGUUAAAACAUUUUGAAUCAGUAGCAUAUGAAGGUUCGACCGGUUAUGACGUUUCCAGGGGGAAGUAUUGCUUUUCGUUCGCGAGAAUAUUUUUUCUGCUGUUCAUUCGUGGGUUCUCUAGUCUAGACCGGGUUGGAACUCGAGUGGUUUCCCGGGUAACUGAAGAUCUCUACGUUGAGAUAAUGUUUCAAAUUGUUUCAAGUGGAACUAGAAGUGCGGAUCGAUAGUUUUGUGUUGAGUGAAAAGCUGAAGUGUUUUUCGGCGAUUCAGUGGUGAUUAAGGGUCAAGCGUGAAAAGGGUUCAUUCAUCAGUGUAACAAUUUCGGAAAAUCUGCUGGUUUUAUCUGUUAAUGUGAAGUGCAAACAUUGUCGCUUGGUUUGGCGUUGUGAGUGUGGUCGAAAGAUUGAAGUGAGAUAACGUUGGACCACAAAAGUGAAGCGAAAAUGAGUUUACCCAGUGGCGUUGAUAUGUCUAAUCUGAUGCAACAGCACCCGGUUUUGGGGGCGUUGCCUCCGGCUUUCUUUCUGCGGGCGGCUUCGGAACGAUAUCAGAGGACACCCAAAUGCGCGCGAUGCCGGAAUCAUGGGGUGGUAAGCGCCCUGAAGGGUCACAAACGGUACUGCCGCUGGCGAGAUUGCGUUUGUGCGAAGUGCACUCUUAUCGCCGAGAGGCAACGGGUCAUGGCGGCUCAGGUGGCUCUCCGUCGGCAGCAAGCUCAGGAAGAGAACGAGGUACGCGAUUUGGGACUUUUGUACACGGGUGGGGUGCACGGGGUGGGACAACCAGUGGCCGAACAGAACGGACAGGGACCGCAGUUCCACACGGGAAUACCGUCGCCGCCGAAUGAUUCCGAAGGACGAGGCGGAUAUGGAGCUGCUGAUGACACAGACAACCCCCGACUCCGGCCGGAACGCCUAAACUCCGCCUAUUCCCCAGAGCAGAGCGAACCGGACAGCCCCGGAUCCAAACGGCAGCGAUUGUCCACCGAAACCGACCACGACACCGGUUCCGAGUCAUCCCCGAGCAGUCCCCGCCUGAAAACCAGUGGCUUAUUCUGCCUUCCGAUGAAAUUGUCCCCCACCCGCAAUGGACCUCCGAGUUCUCCGGAGUCGGACCUCGAUGUAGAUUCGGCACCAGAUGAUUCCGUCGCACCGGAAAACCUCAGCCUCAAGAAGGACAGUACAACGCAGAAAAGCUCCCCGGAGCGGGGCUGCUCCCCCACGAUAAGCAAUGGGCUCGGAAAUAGAACCGGAAGUGCCGUUAGUAGUUUGGGCUUCUUGCCGUACCAUCAGCCGCCACAGUAUCAGCAUGGACUGGGUGUGGCCGGUUCGCCAACGCCAUCACGGUCCCCCGUAGAUGUUUUGCUAAGAGUAUUUCCCAACCGCCGGCGGACUGAAGUCGAGCAGCUACUGCAGCGCUACAGAGGUGACGUUGUACAGGCAAUGGAAGCGAUGCUGUGCGGAGACGACGGUCUCCACACCACAAUGAACAUCCCAACCCCUUCGCCUCCCUUCUCGGUGAAAUCUGCCUUCUCCCCACUGAUGCCUCCGGGAGCAUUUGGCGCCCCGGCCGUUAGCCGAGGAUAUUCGUUCCUGCAGGCGCAAGCACAUGCCAAGCGGUUCCUGACCGCACCCUACAGCGGAACUGGGUAUUUGCCGACGGUUCUGCAAGAUCCAGAACAGCAACAGUCAGCCGACGGCGGAGUCAACGGCAACUCGGCUGCGAAUGGUUCUUCCUCCUCUUCGGCAAGUGGCGGGGGGAAUUGUGGCGAUGGGCAGGAAUAAUACACAUUUAUUAAUUUGUAAAAACAGAUAUGGAUGUGACAUGCCCAAAUGUAACAGAGUAGCUGAAAGACAUAUUUCAAAAACGCACUUUUUCUUAGUUUUGCGUUACAUUAAACUUCAAGAAACAAGUGUUCUUGGACCAUAUAGUGUACAGAAGUUGAGAAGUAGUUAUCAAAGCAAUCAAAAUACCGUGAAAUGUUUCAAGUGAGGACCUUUACAUACGUAAGUAAAUAGUUCAAUGAUGUUUUGGUGAAAUAUAGAUUUUGUACAUAGUUAACUAUAUCGAUUGUAAUUUUAGUAUCACUUUGUCGUGUUCGGUUUUGAUUACGCUCAAGAUCGCGAAAGAACAUCAUCAUUUGAAAAGGAUUUAUUUUAUUUUCUUGAACUUAAUAACCAACGCAAAUAUCACCAAAUGUAUCAAUCAACAAAAUAGCAAAUCUAAAAAGUCAGACCUAUAUUGUAACUAAGCUUACACGUUCAUACGCUAGCCUAUUUAUGAGAAUGCGAUUCAUUUUUCAAUUGUUUUUGAAACUAUCAUCUCCAUUUCUCCUUGAUAUUCUGACAUUCUGAAUACGGAUUGUUUUCGAGGCUCUUCCAUCUAAUAACCAUGGAGUUCUACUUUCGUUUAAUAGACAUUUAACUCUAAUUUUCAGAAUUCCAGAAUUUGGUUACUGGAAAAAGUAUGGGUGCUUUUUUAUAUCACAGAUAUCAAAAAGAAAAUCAUGGACAUUUUCUUGAGGGAUUCUUGAAGAUAUUUGAAAAUAUUUAAACGGUAGGAACAAGGAAAAUGAUUUCAGAAUAAUUCUUGAAGAAAUGUUCAAAACAGCUUAUUUUUUAAUUCCAUCCUAACAAAGUGUAUUUUUUUUAGUUUCCGAAAUUGUAUGUCUAUUAGGUAGCACUUUGAAAAAAAAAAAAAACAAAUAAAGGAAACAUUCUAUAAAUUUCAAACGAUUUGUAAUCUUGUUUUUUUUUUCUUCAAAUAGUUAGGAUAGGUCCAUCUCUAUGACAACCAACACAGAUCUUUCAGAUUAGAAGGAAAAAGUUUUAUUGGCGUUUGGAAAAUGAGAAGCAUUCAAUUGGUUUACAUAUGUAUUUUAAAACAAAAUAUAGCAAACACAGAUCAAAAUCACACAAACAAAAAAAUACCCGAGCACCUCGGAAUAGAAUAUCAAAUAAAACAAACUAUGCUUACGGACAGAGUAGCCUUAAGACAUUUAUUCAAAAAAAAAAAAAAGUUAAAUAAAGAAGGUGCCAUAAUCAUCUGAGAAACAA